AUGCCGACUCAGCGCAGAGACAGAGAGGUUUGCGAGGUUCCGUGCCGGCCGACACCAGAGAAGGAAGCCCCCAAGAAGAGGUUGAGGCGAAGCAUCUUGCGCGUGGGCUCGGACUUUGCAGGUCUCGACACAGCUGCAUGGGCGUUGCGCAUAUUGGGCAUUCCCUUCGAGCACACAUUUGCUGCAGACAAAGAUCCUUCCAGCUUCAAGGUGCUUUCCUACAUGGGAGCGAAAACAAUCUAUCGGGAUGUGACAACACGUCCGGCGACAGAGGCUCCUUCCGUCGACCUCUAUACGUUCGGCCCCCCGUGCCAGCCUUUCAGUGCUGCUGGCAACCGCCUUUCCACAGCAACUCCUGAUGGAGUCCUAGCUCUGCACAGCCUGACCUACAUCAAGCAUCAUCAGCCAUCUAUGAUCCUAAUGGAGCAGGUCCCAGAUGUGCUAAGCCUGGCACCUGAUCUCGUCAACCUCCUCUUCCAGGAGCUGGCUGCCUUGGGCUAUUCCCUGUCUUCAGAAAUCCUCGCGAGCAAUAAGUAUGGAGUCCCGCAGAAGCGCGAGCGCUUGUUCCUGGUGGGAGUCAAGAAUCCUGUGGAGCCGUUUGUGUUUCCGGCAGAAGUGCCCCUGUGGCCAAUCAGAAACCUAAUUGCUCCACUGCCGCCGGGCAACUUUGCGGUUUUGCCUUCUGCUGGGAUUGGCAUCAGCGCGCAGAAAGUGGCAAAUGUGACUUCUCACAUCGAAGGCGCAGUGGCUGAGGGGGUGGACCCCUUCGAGAGGGCGGUUUUUGUGUCUGCGGGCGCGUCCAAAAGAUGGUCUCACAAGUCGGUUGACGAGGUCAUGACAUUGACCAAGACAGAGGCCGCGAGGCAAGGGUACUGGUGCUCUCUGAAAGGUGGGUUCCUGGACACAGACGACGUCGGCGUGCUGCAAGGAUUUCCCCGCGAUUUGAUACCGUGGAGAGACUUGGACAUCAGUUCCCCGCAGCAAGCCGGAUUGUAUGGAAAUGCGAUGAACCUGGCCGUCAUGCUGCACCUGAUUCCGCACGUGUUGUGCUCUGCAGGAUUUCUGUCCCCAGCUGCGAUGAACAAGAAGCUCAAAUACGCACGGGACUACGACCCGGGCAUUCGCUAUCUACCCGGGGCUGUGUGA